UGUGCGUCAAAGCCUCAAUCCUAGACACCUUCUCUAUGGAGAAAAAGGAAAUAGGGAAUUUCCCAUCUUUUUUUCUGCUCCAACCCUAGAAAACUGCAGUAGAGAGAUUAUGGUCAGGAUUCUCAUUUGGUUUGUCUUUCAUUCCUUCUUUGCUACCAUUAGUGCAGUUCCUUUGCAGGCUGCUUUCACUCUCUCUCCCUCCAUCCCUUGCUUUUUUCCAAGCUCUGAUGUCACAAGUUUUGUUUGGUUUCUUUUUUCCCCCUGUAAGGCAAAGGGUUGUAAAACUUGUUUGAACACCGGGAGGGCAGGAGCGGAGCCUUUGGAGGCUGACACUGCAAGGGAAGGCAGCGAGAGAAGGUAGGAAGGACAGCACAUUCCAAGACACAGGAACCAUGUGCUGCUGAGCAAUGGUGCUCCAGAACACGAAAGCCAUGGGAGUUUUGAGCCAGUCGGAGCUGUGCCCUUCGCCAGCCGCCUUGGAGAAGGACCAUCUUGAGGAGGGACCCAGUUGCCACCAAGUCCUAGAAAAGGAGACAUCUCCAACCCAGAGCAGUACAGAAGGUGACUCCCUUUCUUCAGAAAAUGGAUCCAGUCCCAGAGGCAGCUCUAGCAACUGUAUAGAUGAUGAAGCCAGUAGCACUGAGAGUGCCAAGAAUGGGAAUGGGAGCCUGUGCGCAUCAAGAAAUGGGGGCCACUUGGAAGGGGAAGCAGCAAGAGAGCAGCGUGAUCAGAACAAGAUUGUGGCUCUGGAAAAUGAGAUCAAGGACCUGCAUCACCGGAAGAAGGAGCUCAAUAUCGAGAUGGACCUGGAAGGUGCUUUGGUGGAAGGAGAAUUGAACGACGAGAAGCAUGAAUUGAGGUGGGAAGAGGAACGGCUACUGGAGCUGCAGAGGCGGCUUUUUGAGACAGAACGCAAGUGCCACGCCGAGCGGGAAAAGGAGAAGGCACGGCUGCAACAGGAGCGUCACAAGGUAGAAGAGUUGCAACGGCAACACGCUGAAUCGCAGAUUCACCUUGACAGCCAACCCGAAUCGAUGCGGGAGCGAAUGCAGAGCCAGCUGCAGGAGACAUCUGAAAUGCUGGAAGGAGCCCUAAGAUGCUACGAAGACCUAGAAUUCCAGCAGCUCGAGAGAGAGAGCCGGUUGGAAGAGGAAAAAGAGGCCGCUUGCCAGGCGCUGGCUGAAGAAAUCACUCAGUUACAGAACAGCAUCAAUAAGAGGAAGAGAAUGGUGCAGAGGCUGGAGGGCCAGGCCCGCUUGACGCAGGAGCAGAUGGUGGAUGAGUGCCAACUAUUUGCACAGGAGACGGGAGAAGCUGUAAGGAAUCUUAAUGCGGAAAAAAAUCGCCUGAUGACCAUGGGCCAAGGACAUUUGAAGGAGCGUGAGGAAGACUCCCCAGAAGAGAGGCAGGGUGUUACUCAGCUCACUUUCACCCAAAAGACGGAUCGGAAACUCAUUGUCUUGGGCUCGGACCAAUCUGACUCAUCUUCCUGUGUCUUCUCCGUCCACAGUUCUGUCAAGGGUUCCUUUGGAUUACAGCGGACAGCGAGUCUCCCUCGUAGACGUGGGGAUCGCCUCCCACCCAGGAGUGCCCAGCGCCCCCUCUCCCUGCAUGGUGCUCUGGACCCCAGCAUCCUUGCAGCACAGCUCUCGGGCAGAAACCUGGGCAGUCCAAACUUACAAUUCUCACGCCUCAACAACCCCCUUUAUCAGCUACUUGGUGCCCAAGGGGCUGUAGGGCAGCUGGGAGGAACCACUCAAGAAACCUACAGCCUCGGGACCUGCGUCACCAAGUUGGCUGAGAUGGAGCGAAGGGUGCGGGAGGCCAUGGCUGAGAGAGAGCGGCUGCUGCAGGAGAGGGAAAUUAAGAAAGCAGCCAAGGAGGCAAAACCCAUGGAGCUGCCCCCAUCAACUAAGAUUCCCCGUCCAGUGGAGAUCCGAGAACCCAAACAAAUUGCAUUUGACCUGCGGAAACACCUGGAGGCAUCAGGACACAGUCUGGACACCUGUUCACAUGUGCGGGUGACCAGCAAGUCUUGCAAAGGGUAUCUGGUCAAGAUGGGAGGUAGGAUCAAGACUUGGAAGAAACGCUGGUUCACCUUUGAUCGCCAGAAACGUGUCUUGGCAUACUACGUAGAUAAAGAAGAAACCAAGCUUAAAGGCGUGAUUUACUUCCAGGCCAUUGAAGAGGUUUACUAUGACCAUCUCCGCAGUGCAUUCAAGAGCCCCAGCCCCAAAAUGACCUUCUGCGUCAAGACCUAUGACCGACUCUUCUGCAUGGUAGCACCCACCUCGGAGGCGAUGCGCAUUUGGAUGGACGCUAUUGUUACAGCAGCAGAAGAGAAUGUUCGCUACUGAUGAGCAUCCCAUGCCGUAGACUACAAUUCAUGCUCAGCUAUGGACCUGGUGCUUCUCCCCAUGGAGCGUCCUUUGCUAAACUAUAGCUUGGCAUCAUGAUAGACAACGGGAGAGGCUUGACUAUGUUUCUGUUUGGUCAGAAUGCUGUUUGGUCCACCAAUAUUUGACAGGGUGAGAUUCUAGGUAAGAAGUGGGGCCUGUCCAUAUAUAGAAUUGCUGGCAGUGACUGUUCAUAACAAUUGCCAGAUUCUUCACAUCCGAGAAGACCAGAUGGAACAUUGAUGGUGUCUUUUCCAGCCACUUUUGUAAAGUAUGAUUUCAGUUCCAAGGAAUCUGAAUCAGAAGUUGUGUUUCUUGGACAGCAUCUUUGAGAAAAAGCAACAUAUCCUAAGAAAAGGGAGAAGGUUCUGUGAAUUUUAACUCCUAUAAGUCCAGGUUUUGGGUUUUGGAUCACAACUCUGAAAGACUGUUGUUUGAACCAUAGCCAUGGAAACCCAUAACGUCGGGCAAAUUAUAUCAUCUCGGCCUCAGAAUAAAGCAAUGGCAGAUUUGCUUUGACAAAUAAAUCUUACCAUGAAAAUUUAGGAGGGGGUCAGCAUAAAUGGGAGUUGACUUGAAAGCACGGAAGAACAAAGUGCAACUUGACGUAGAUAAAUGAAGCUUUGUCUUCCUGUUAGGAACCAUUGGAAGUCAACACAACAUUGUUUAUAUUUUUGCCACCACUUGCAACUUUUCCCAUUAUGUUUUGGCACAGUGCUUGUCUGGCCAAUGGAAGACUAUUGGAUGAUGUGUUCUUUGUGCUGGUCAUGGACCGUAAUACAGUUUUGUUGUUGUUGGAAGAUGUGGGAGAAACUUCCUACUGGGACUCCAACACCUUUCACCAAGUUCAGUGACCAUACUGUGUAUUUCUUCUUGUAUUUAUUGUGUGUUUUGGGUCUCUCUCUUUUGUGACUACCUGGGAAUACUGUUUUAAAAUAAGCACUCAGGUAUAAAAUGGUAGGCUAUUUAUUGUAUAAAGCUCUCUAGGAAAACACA